UCUUUUUGCAUGACUGUUUGCUUAUAGGACACUGCUCUUCAAAAACCAAGAGAAGUUUUUAGGCUACCUACAGACUUGACAGCUUACGACAAUCGCCUUUGUGCCUCAAUACACUUCUCAUCUUCCACAUGGGUUACCCUUUCUGAUGGUACAGGAAGACUGUAUUUGAUUAAAUCAGGCAAGCGUGGAAACAGUGCAUCUGAGAAGUGGGAGAUUGUGUUUAAUGAAGAACUAGGAAGUCCAUUUAUUAUAGCACACAGUGUUUCAUUUGUAAAAUCUGAUACGCAUUCAGUAGCUGUGCUGCUGCUUAGGGUAGAAAAAGAUGAAUUGGACACAAAAGGCAGUGGAUUUCAUAUUACCUUGGAAUGGGUUACAAUUGUAGAGAUAAACAGAGAGGGUGAUCAUAGAUAUGAAAUCUUUAAAAGGAGAGUUUUACAAGGAAAAUCAGUCCCCCAUUAUGCAGCAAUAGAGCCGAGUGGGGAUGGUCUAAUGAUUGUUUCCUACAAACCUUUCAAGUUUAUGCAAGAUGAAGAGGACAAAUUAGAAGAAAAUGAUGAUGCAAAAGCAGCAAAUGAAAAGAAAGACCCUCUCUAUUACUGGCAGCAGACUGAAGACGAUGUGACAAUAACGAUUCACAUUCCUCAAGAUGUCACAAAGGAUGAUAUAAAAGUACGCUUUUCCCCUGAUAACGUAUGUGUUACACUGAAAGACCAACCUCCUUUGAUGGAAGGAAAACUCUAUUCGUCUGUGGACCAUGAAAGCUGCACAUGGAUAAUUAGAGAGAAUAAAAGUUUGGAAAUUUCUCUAAUGAAGAAAAAUGAGGGACCCCGGUGGCCAGAGCUAAUAGUUGGUGACACAAGAGGGGAAUUCAUUAUAGACUCUUCCCAACGCUCUGAAAUAACUGAAAGCCUGAUGCAUCUUACCUCUGAAGUAAUGAAUCCAAACCCUGAAAAGGAAAGCCCACCUUGUAAUGCUCAAGAAUUAGAAGAAUGUGAUGCUUUUCUUGAGGAUAGUGCAAGCUUGUGCAGAUUUGAUGGUGAUACCUUGAAAGUCACUCACGUAAUUAAUCUAGGAAGCAACCAGUAUCUUUUCUCAGUUGUUGUGGAUCCCAGAGAAAUGCCAUGCUUUUGCUUGAGGCAUGAUGUUGAUGCUCUUCUCUGGCAGCCCCACUCUGACCAACCAGAGAACAUGUGGGAACACAUUGCAACUUUUAAUGCUUUAG